AUGCUUCAACCAACACAAUCAAAUCUAGAAUUUUUUCUUGGUGUUGAUGUUAGCAAGUUUAAUUAUGCUUUUGAUGAACAUACAAAAUCCGUACGUCAAAUCUUUCGUCAAGCUGGUUAUGUUUCAAAUCCAAAUCAUGUUUUACAAGACAAAAAUAUAGCUCUGAGUAUCCAAAAUGCAAUGAAAAAGCGUGAUCAACGAUUACAACAAGAUGAAGAAUACUUUAAACAUAUGUGGCAACUUGUAAAAUAA